AUGAAUUACGCCAAUAUGAUUGAGGAGAAGAACCUCAAGAAAGGAUUCAUCGUUGCUACCUUGAUCUCGACCAUCGUCGGUACCUUCACGGCGUCCAUGACCUUGCACGACAAGUAUCAAGAGAAGAAGAACAAGAAAGCCCAGCAAAAGACGGAUGGCAAGCAGAACGAUGAGCUCAAGGAAUUGAAAGAGAAGAUCGAUAAGCUCGAAGGUGGUGCGAAGAAGGAAGACGACAAAGAGAAAGAUAAGGACAAGGACCAGGACAAGAAGUCGCAGCGGUCGCGAUCAAGAUCCCGAUCGAGAUCAAGUAGCAGGCGAAGGAGGAGAAGAGAUAGCAUGGAUAGAUCGAGAGCUAUGAUAGAGCAGACAUACGCCAAUCACUUGAUGCGAGUGGGAGAUCGAUAUGCAGAGGGUGACUUGGUCACGGAAAACAAACUUCAGGCACAAGUGAUACAGCUGCAGAAGACCGUCAUCGAUGUGCUACAAGACGCGGUACACACAGGUCGAGGUCUCACGGAUGCGGACAUGGACAAGAUCAUUGCUGCACAGAACGCUGCACGGGACGGGUCCCUGGGUGCUCUCAAUGGCCAGUACCAACGCUCUCGCGCCUCCCAAAACAAGGACCGCCACGCGAUCAAAGCUCUCCCGCCACCCGGCGACCAUGGUCCCUUCUGCCGCUACGCCCUCGACCUACAAUCCACCCCCCUCCCUCUGCACCACAACUUCCGCUCCUCAGGCAGCCAACGCUGUCCCGCCUGCGGCAUUGUAAUCCCCGUCAACAACCGCGACGUCUGGGUCUUCAGCAUGGACAACCCGACCCCCGGAAAACCCCCUCGGGACUACCGCAUGGACGCACGCUUCGUGGCGAAAUGCCAUGCAAGUGAUGGGACUUUCGCGUGUUUGCUGUGUGACAAGUUUCGGCCGAUGGAUUGUUUCUGUCGGAGUGUGGAUGCGCUUGUGAAGCAUUUGGGGAGUGCGCACACGGCGGAGGAGUUUGAGAGGGAUGGGGAUUUGGUGAGGAUGAAGAGGGGGAGCGGGGUUAAUGUUGGGGGGAGGGAGAUGGUUCUUGCUUGA